AUGCCCAACGGGUGCUGCGGUGGAAAUAACUACUCCGUGUGCUGCUACAGCACCAAGAAGUCGUGCUGCAAGACGCCCAUGUGCUGCUCCCCCAUGCAGUGCUGCUGCCCCUCCACCUGCUGCAUGCCCAUGCAGACCUGCUGCAUGCCCAUGCAGACCUGCUGCUACACCAUGAACAACAACAGAGGCUGCUGCGGCGGUAACCGCGGUGGCUGCUGUGGCAGCUAA